AAAGAAAGACCUUAUCAGUUUAGCCUGUUGUCGUCGUCGUCGUUGUCGUCUCUUUACUUAUCGUUAUCUCACCCGCACACGCACACACACACGAAAAGUAAGAGAAACGAAAGCCCUACUGAUAAGGCACUUCAGUUGUGUGUGUGUGUCUCAGUCUAGAUAAUUCCACACUUUCCAUUGUGUUCUCAUGCUAAAAAUACGACGAAAAAUGUUAUGCUACUUGUAAAAAAUCAACAUAGAGUGCAGUUUAAAGAAUAUUGGAUAUUGCCCCACCACAAAGUGUAAACAAGUGUGUGUGUGUGAUAAAGUGUAAAAAAAAACAACCAAAAAACAACAAAAAAAACCCACCUUUUAGUUAGCUUGUGUAACACAACCCACCAACCAACCAACCAAUUCGCCGAAUUUUUUCGCCGUCAAUUGCCGAACAACCUGUUUGCUCUGUCAUAAAUUUCGUCCCCCCACCGCUUCCCCACGUGCCCACUCGUUUGUUCGUUCGUGCGCCGGCAUUUAACUUGGCCAAACAAGGAAAAAACAAAACACUUCCACCAUUCCACCACAACUGCAAGCCACGUUGACGCAGCAGCCGCAGCACCAGCAGCAGCAGCAGGAGCCGGAGCAGCUGGAGCAGCAGCAGCAGGAGAAGGAGGAUUAUUCCAUAACUCAGUCUAGGUUAGCAGGAAAAAUUUUACCUAGCAGCAAUAGCAGCAGCCGCCGACAUCCAAUUAUGGAGCCUUAUUGGAGCGAGGCAAAUGGACAUGCCGCACAUCCGGUUAAGUAUGAGAGCGAAGCAGCUGUCUCCAGUUUUCCUUAUUGCACAGAAUCUAGUUUAAAUUUUUCAACAUCGGCAACGGCAUACAGCGAGGACGAUGCUGAAUAUGCCACAGGAAGACGUAAUAAAACAUCGAGGCAAGAUCCUCUGUCGCAUCGCAUAAUUGAGAAGCGUCGCCGUGAUCGCAUGAAUUCCUGUCUGGCGGAUCUUUCACGUUUAAUACCACCGCAAUAUCAGCGCAAAGGACGCGGACGGAUUGAGAAAACGGAAAUCAUCGAAAUGGCCAUCAGACAUCUGAAGCACCUGCAGAGCGAGUGCCUGCAAAAGGAGAGCGAAUAUCGCAGCGGUUACAUGGACUGCAUGAAGGAGGCUGCCAAAUUUCUCUGCGACAGUCACAUGCAGGACUUUUGCUAUCGUUUGCUGGCCCGUCUGCAGGAGCACAUCGAUGAGGUCUUCAAAACCGAUUGCUACAAGUCAACACGCAGUUGUCAUAUGCCGGACAAUGUGAGCGCCUCCAGUGGUAGUCCACACCAGGCCUAUCAUCCGCCGCUGUGCCAUUUGCGUGAUAUGUUGGGCACCGCCUCGGAUGUGGAGCACAGCAACGAUCAUAACGAUGUGAAGGAUCUGAGUUUUCGCAAUCAUCUCAAUCAGCUGCAGAGAAAUCAACAAGCAGCUGCUGUUGCUGCUGUGGCCGCUGCGGCCAAUGGUAGCUCCUCAAAUGGCAGCCACGAUGGCAGCCAGAAGCCAACUGGUCUGACCAAUGGCAAUGGGAGUGCGGCAAUUGUUGCUAAUGCUGCAGCCGCCGCUGCCGCCGCCGCUUCUGAUAAUGUACCCACAAAUUCCACGGGCCCAAAUGCUGCUGCCGGCAGUAGCAUUACGGCCAGUUCCAUCACCACCACCACCAACAACAACAACAACACCUGCCACGCCACGGCCGCUGCCGCACCCGCCAAGGUGGCCCAUCAACAGCCACAUCAAGCGCCGGUGAUAACGUCGACGGCCACGCAUCAUCACACGGACAGCAGUCAGCAUGAUUUUGAGUCAUCGCGCGAGCCGAUCCUGCAUACGGACACCUCGAACAUGCAUUCGCCGCCGCCACGGGACUCCCUGUUGCAGCAGCAUCCACAUUUGGCCCACAAUCAUACUCAAGAUAGCCUGCUGUCGGUGCGGAUGCGCAACUACUCAGAAUCCUCGCACGAGAUUGAGCACAACAACAAUUACAAGUACAAAAAUCACAUUAAGGAGCGCUUUGUGCACGAGCUCCAUGACGAGGAGACCAGCAGCGAGCUGUGUCCAGUGACGGCUCACCUCCAGAGCGAUCACUCGCACAUGCAAGCCCUGUCCGAGCAUUCCAAGGAUGGCACUGAGCCAGAAAUAGCCCCAAUUAUGGCCAAGAAGCGUAAGUUGGCUGAAGCGGCGGCCAAUGGUGAGUUGUCCAUAGAUUGCCACAACGGCGACACCAGUCAGGUUACGAAUCCGUCACGUCCUCUGGUCCUGGUACGCAACGAGGAUAAGCCCUCGCCGUCGACGUUCAAUUUCAGCGACAUCAAGGAUAUUAAAUCGGAGCUGCACAACAGCAACUCCAAUUCCAGUCCACUGUUGGCCAAACUGAGUGCCGCCCAGUUGAGCACACCGAGCAGCACCACAGCUCCUCUGCCGCCGCCGCCACGUCACUCAUCCUUCACGGUGCCCAUUUUCGCCCUGCACGGCCAGGGCAAUUACUAUGUGCCCCUCAAUGUGGACUACAAUGUGCUGGUGCCCUUCCUGAAUGGCAUGGAUCUGUUGGAGAAAUCUUACACCAGCAUGCCCGUGGUGCAUCCCAUCAAUAUCAAUGUUAAUUUCAUGCCCAGCACCACAUCGGCCACAUUGUUGGCAGCAGCAGCCGCCAAUAUCCUAAGGAAGCAGCAACAGGCGGUGGUUGCCGGUGGUGCAUCCUCAUCCACGGUCGUCGCAGUGCCUCCUGGGCCCGGAGUUACUGAUCCCUUGACCAGUGUCGUCAAUGUGGUCAACCAGGCCAAGCUGGAGCAGGUCAUCGGUAAUCGCUGGUAGAGCUCUCUCGCUCUCUGGAGGAACCACACUACCUCAGUACUUCUGUGAAUAAUCAUCAAAUGAUUAAUCUCAACAAAACAAAACAAAAAACAAAAACAAAAACAAAUACUAUGCUAAAUUGGAGUCCGCUGCAACAAAUAGGAAAAAUAAAAUGAAAAACAUAUUUUUUUAUAACAAAAACAAAAAAAAAUUAAGUGCCAGGGUAAUUUAGAAAACGCAACGCUUGGCGUUUGCAACUAAAAACUAAACCUAUCACACUUAUAUUUUCACAUUCAAAUCAAAUCAAAAACAAGAAAUUGGAAAACAUUAAUCAAAUGCUAAAUACCUUUACUAGUUAGUUAGUUAAAAACUAUUUUGAACAAAACUUAAAUGGAAUGAAAAGUCAGCAUAAAUGUCUACAGAAAAAUGAUGCCAAGUAUCGAGUCGGUGGGUCACGCAUUCAAAAAACAAUGUCGAGAUGAGGAUAAUGCGGACAACGGACGGAAAACAAAACCAACUAAUUGUGAAUUAAAUGUAUUUUUAGAAUUGUAAUGUUUUUUUGCAAUUAAAAAUUAAGUGUUGUGGUUUCAAAUCAGGUAGUUUAUAAACUAAACGAGUCCGCUACUCUAUAUAGUGUGAUUCUAAAUCAUAUAUAUAUAUAUAAACGAUAUAUUAAACCACUAGUCAAAGAACUUGUAAGGCGAGGAUAUAUAUAUAUAUAUAUGUAUACAAAUAUCCCUAAAAAAGAAAUGAAAAAAACCAACAAAUUAUAAAUUUAUGUGUACAUAUUAUUAGCAACAAAUAAAACAAACAAACAAAUAUAAUAAAUAAAUAAAAGAAAAAAUUAAAUCAAAAUUAAAUUACAUAUAUUAUAUGUAUUAAUGUAUGUGUUACCUGUUUAAGUUUUAUAUAUAUAUUUUAGUGACAAAUUAAGUUUUUUAAGUUUCAUAACUUGUUGGACAUCUUGCGAUUCCGGCCAAAACAAAAAACAAAAAAAUAAAACCCCAAAAAAAAUUAACAAAACACUUUUCUUAAAAACAAAACAAAACAAAUACACACUGAUUAAUCCAAUUUUCAUUUUCGAAAUGCGGUCGUUUAUGAAUUAUCUAACAUUUAAGUUAAGUUGUUAUUUGAAAUUUUUGUUAUUCACGCAAAGCAAAGUAAAAAAUAAACACUUAUCCUAUAUAAAAA